UUUUGCGAUCAGUUUGAAAUUAAAUACAGUAGCAGCAACUUGGAGUGCUCUGAUAACAGCAUCUCUCACUAACUUACUUAUUAAGCCUUUAACAAUAAGCUCACAGCAUGAAAUUUGCCUUCGCUUUUGUGUUCGUUGCAUUAUUUGCACUCGUGACAGCAGCCAAUCAAACGGCGAGUCAUCACUUGAUCCUGGGCACGCGGCUACCUGGUGAUCGUCAUUUGGUGCGUGAAGUGGUUUACUCUAAAUCUGGAUUUAUGCGCAAGAAGUCCGGUGACUAUGCCUUCGAUCAAAGGAAUGUACCUUAUCCCUCGAUCAUUACCAGUAUCGAAGUGAAGGAUCAGUAUAUUAAUGGCAAUGGUGGCUAUGCAACGCUAACGAGCGGCGGUCCAGGCUUCAAUUUCGUCAAAUUACAUUUCACUAGCCAAUGGUGGCGUGGCUAUAAUUUCGUUAUUGAUAUUUAUGGAAAGUGACUGUAUUAUGGUUAAAGCGUUGAAGUGUGGAAUUCAAGUAUAAUGUGAUCUUCGCAUAACGAAUUAGUGCAAUAAAAUGUGGUUUGACUUGGAAAUUA